AUGCCGUGCAAUGUUGUUGUUCACGGCUGCAAUAUACGUAACAUUGCUUCCCCGAAUCCUCGAUCAGGAAACAGAACCUCUUUACGCAAAGGAAUAGCAGUCGUACUUACCCAGCUGUUCUUAACUGCCAGCGAGUCGAGCGCAGAAAACCAGGAAAAUGUAUGUAUUCAAAUAUUCAAAUCAAAUGAAGCUUCCAAAGUUAACUUCAUCCGUGUAAGCGACUUUGCCUUCGGGGGAGUGUCUGAAGCUCCCACGCAGCGUGGAGAUGCCUCAGUCCCCGGCAGCGGAAGGAGAGGCAGAUAUCUGGCGCGAAACUUGGGCGUCGAGCGUCCCAGUUGCCGUGUUUGUUUUGCAGGGACGCGGCGGCCCGGGCUGGCUGGUGUUGCAGAAGGUCUAUCUCUGCAGAAUGUCUUUAUUGGUGUUUGUCAUGCUGUCCAUCCUCCGAAUCAAAAACGUAAUCGCACCCAAAUUUCUCGGCCGCAGGAUAACGAACGCGGAAGGUACCACAAGCUCCGCGUCAUCACAAAUUACUUCGUGGUGUCCCUGGCCUUUGCGGACAUGCUGGUCGCUCUCAUGGCCAUGGUGUUCAACGCGUCCGUUCAGCUGACCAACACGUGGCUCUUCGGACCCGUCAUGUGCGACCUCUGGAACUCAAUGGACGUGUAUUUUUCCACGGUGUCAAUCCUCCACCUCUGCUGCAUAUCGAUAGACAGAUACACGGCGAUCGUGCAGCCGCUGGACUACACCCUCAGGAUGACUGGCAACACGGUCAUGAUGAUGCUCGCCGUCGCGUGGGUCUCCCCCGUCUUCAUCUCCGUCCUCCCCAUCUUCCUCGGCUGGUACACCACACAGGAGCAGCUGGACCUAAUGGCCUCCACGCCUGGCCUCUGCGACUUCAAGGUCAACCUCGCGUACGCCCUCGUGAGCUCGAGCAUGUCCUUCUGGAUCCCCGGAGUCAUCAUGCUGGUGAUGUACUUCAGAAUCUACCGCGAGGCCGACCGCCAGGAGAUGAUGGUGUUCAGGUGA